AUGCCUGUUAAUAAUAUAUACUUCCCAGCAUCCAGUUACAGGAAUUACCAGCAUCCAUUGUUUGAUGUAGCUUAUCAACGCAGUAGAUUUAUCACGCCAAAAUACAGAGAUGAAGAUAAGUUCACCGUGACCUUGGACGUGGCCCAGUAUAACCCCGAUGACAUUGCAGUUAAAGUUGUUGGCAAUGUUAUUAUUGUCCAAGCGGGAGAUGAAUAUGAGUUGGAUGAGUUCGGUACCUUGUCCAGAGAAUUUGAGAGGAAGUAUGAAGUUCCGGAAGAGUAUAAUGUUGAUGAAGCCAAGUCUGAGUUGUCUUCUGAUGGAGUUUUGACAAUCAGAGUGCCUAAAAAAGAAUCAGAAAGUGGUAGACCUAUUUUGAUUGAAUAUUUACCUUAUCCUGCUGUUAUUGAAGUUGAUCCUAAUGUUGCUGAGGUUGAGAGGCCAAGGUCACCAAAUCGACUACCAUUGUUGUUCUCAAACUGGUGGGAAGACCUGGAGGCUCCUCACCGUCUGCUCGACCAGGACUUUGGAUUGGGGCUGUCUCCAGACCAGCUGAUGCCACCCAGCGUUGUUGAACGUUACUUGGUGCCUCGUGCGGCUGAUCGUCGUCGUCAUCCUCUGGCCUACUACCGCCCCUGGGCUGAGCUGCUCCGCAAAGCCGACUCCGGCGCCUCCACCGUAAAAGCCGACAAGGACAAGUUCCAGGUGAUCUUGGACGUCCAGCAGUUCCAGCCAGAGGAAAUCAACGUCAAGGUGGUUGACAAGUGCGUCAUCGUCGAGGCCAAGCACGAGGAGAAGCAGGACGAACAUGGCUUCAUCUCUAGACAGUUUGUGCGCAAGUACAUGAUCCCGGAGCAGUGCGACAUCGACCAGGUUAACUCCAGCUUGUCGUCUGACGGAGUACUUACCAUCACAGCUCCUAGAAAAGACAUUCCCAAGGUCGAGGGAGAAAGAUCGAUCAAGAUUGAACACACCGGCAAGCCGGCCAUUCGCGAGACUUGCGAAAAAGACGCCUGCGCCAAGGAGUGCAAGAAGGACGACAAGAAGGGAAAAAAAUAA